AUGAGGACACAGGGAUCUCGAGCCUCGAAAGAAAUCGAUGAUCUUGGGCCGGCCCUUCAAGAAAUGCGUCCUGCUCGGUCCUCUCGCCUGAGAAAGCCAAAGAACGACGCGGUCUCCGUCCCUCCUGAAACCGCUAGUGGGGGCGUACCUUCGGCCGAGACCGCCGUCGUUGUCUCCUCCGAGUCUCUCCCGGCGGCUGCUUCUGCGUCAUUGCAGACGGCGCCGUCAAUCGCCUCGCGAGCGGGAAAUAGGAAAGGUGGUAAGGGUGCCAGAAAGAAAGUAAUGGAUACUCAGCAGGCGCCCAAAGAGGCUCGCAGUGGUCGUCGUAAAAACGCAAAGGCUGGGAACGGUGUGAGCUCCUCCAAGGCGGCGAGUGCUGCCAGGGAUAUGUCAGGCGUCUGUCAGGUUGACGUUGAUGAGGGGCAGGAGAAGGCUCCAGACGAUGCACGGGAUGACUCGCAGGAAAACCUCCAAGGCAACUCGCGCGAUGUCCCGGAAGUGAUAGGAGGUAGUGAGACGACUUCGAACGGAUCGCCAGGCGGUCCUUCCGUGCCGAUGGACGCGACCAUCCCGCGCACGGCUCCGGAUGGCCCUCGAAGCAAGGAGACGACUUCGAGCGGAUCGCCAGGCGGUCCUUCCGUGCCGAUGGACGCGACCAUCCCGCACACGGCUCCGGAUGGCCCUCGAAGCAAGGAGAUGACUUUAAGCGGAUCGCCAGGGGAUACUUCCGUGCCGAUGGACGCGACCACCUCGCACAUGGCUCCGGAUGACUCUCGAAGAAAGGAGAUGCCUCUGAACAGCUUUUAG